AUGUUUUGUUGCGGAAAGAAGGACCCCGCGGAUGAGCAUUUUCGGGGACGGUGUCACGUCACCGGGGCGUCAGUGACGUACGUCCCGCGAGUUUAUUUGCUUCGCUUUGGCAGCUGUUCCCCACCGGAUUGGCUAAAAGCCGAUAACGAGCUUUCUUUGGGAAAGCACUCAAUUGAGUUUGUGGUGCUUGCCCCCGAGUCAGAAUCCAUGGCUUUCGGCGUUAGUUACUCAGCAACUUGGACGUCAGUCUUGGCCAACAUGUCGUGCCCCUCCUUGACGCCUUCUCAGGUCGGCUCUCUACUCAUGUUCGACUCUCACCAUGAUAACGCGCUUGCGUCUAGCAGAUCAAAGUCGCCCGGAAACCUGAGCGCAGCAAGAUCGAAUCUCUCCGCCUCGAGAUCCGUCAGGCUCGACUGGGAGAAGUGA